UAAAACAUUAUUUGCAGUGAAAGGCGCUAUGAGAAACCAACUAAUUAUUUUGAAAAUACAGCACCUGACUUCCUGUCAGGGACGUUUUUUAUUUUGAAAUCACAGUGACAACUACAAACUCGAAAAUGUCAGUUGUUUUCGAAUGAAAUCUAAGAGAAUCAUCGGCAUGUUCGUUAUGCUAAAACGCUUCGAUUGCGUAACACUCCCCAAUAAUGAUUUGUGUUUAUGUUGCACACGGACGUAUUUGAGUGACGGAUCAGAGGCCAUAUUGAGUGUUGUCACCAGCAGCUACAAAAUGGAUGUACGUGGUCGUGUCUGUGUUGUGUGUACUUUGAUCAAUAAAAUAGAUCGAGUCAGAAACGUUAAUGCUCUAUCGUCCAGUUUGUGGACUCAUAGUUACCGUAGUUUACCAAGCUAAGGCGCUGUAACACAAUAACAAUCGUGGGUUCAUUAGUGAUCAGCCCACCCGAGAAGCAAGAAAUCUAUUUGAUGAAGGAUGUAAUGCCUCUGCCCACCAUAAGGAGGCAGUAUGCUAAACUGUACUACCUUAUGUCUCGUCGGCCGGAUCUGGAGAACUAGAGUCGAGGAAAAUAAGGCAGCAAAACGGUUUGGUUUGUUAUUUUGGAACAUAUUUUAUAUUGCAUUAAGGAGUAUAUAUCAUCAAUAUUUCUACAAACUGCGGAAUUUGAAGAAAUACUCGUACUUUUAGAAGGAAUGAGCGACAAAAACGUCAACUACUGGACGCUGUUUACAAGCCUCGAAUAAAGUCACACCGAGCAGAUGCCAGUGAAAAGACCCUCUCACCCCUGAGCAGCAGGAGUGGAGCUCUAGGAUGGAGCAAGAGGGGGUGAAUCUGCCCCAUUUUAAAGAGGAAGUGGAGGAGUCACAGCCCAGCCAUAUAAAAGAGGAGGAGGAGGAACAUCGCAUCAGUCAGGAGGGAAAUCAUUUUGAAGAAUCGGAAGAGUUUCCAGUGAUUUGUGUCAUUGUGAAGAGUGAAGAUGAUGAAGACAAAGGGGAAAGUGAGGAGAAGAGAGAGGUGGAGCCUCCAAGCAGUAGCUCAACUCAACAUAUGAUAACAGAAGCUGACGGAGACCACUGUGGAGGAUCGCAAGCAGACCACCUCUUUGCUCCACUAUCACAUAGUGAAGACACGUCGUCACACUCAGCUGACACCGAUGAUGAAGGCUCUGCAGCUGCUAAGACACGUCACACAGACAACGCACACUUUAAAUGUUCUCAGUGUGGCAAAACGUUUAAUGCCAAGGCAUUUUUGAUGAGACACAUGAGAAGGCACACUGGAGAAAAACCUUUUGCCUGCUCAGUCUGUAAAAAAAGUUUCUCUCGACAGGAUUACAUGAAAAGACACUUAAAAACUCACACCGGAGAAAAAUCGUUCUCUUGCUCAAUUUGCAGCAAAGGUUUUCAUGAAAGUUCAACAUUGGUUAACCACAUAAGAACACACACUGGUGAGAAACCUUUUAUCUGCUCAGUUUGCGGGAAAAGAUUGACCCAAAAAACGCAAUUAACAAGUCACAUGAGAACACACACUGGGGAGAAACCAUUCACCUGCUUGGUCUGUGGUAGAAAAUUCACUCGGAAUGAUCUUUUGACCACACAUACGAGAAUACACACCGGAGAGAAACCUUUUCCUUGCUCGGUGUGCGGCAAAAGUUUUACUAAAAAAGAUGGUUUAACGAGACACACAAGAAUACACACCGGAGAGAAACCUUUUCCGUGUUCCGUUUGUGGUAAAAUGUUUUCUCAAAAGAUAGCUUUGAUAGCACACACAAGGACACAUACUCGUGAAUAAAACUUUUCCUGGGCAAAGUGUGGAUUGGAAAUUCCCAAACUUCUGAGUGGAAUGUGGAAUUAGUGAAGCGCUGUGAAUACUUUAUGGAUUCACUGUAUUUGGUGUUGUUCUAAUGUGUUUAUGACACUUGUGGUUAUUAUUAUCAGAGACAUUGUACUAUCUGCUGUAUUAUGCAAUAGCAUGUUGUGUAAGGCGUUCCAUACACAUGUGUGCUAACAUACAGGCAGGAGAGAGAUGACUCUUAAUCUGUCUGUUAUGCAGGGUAUCACUCAGCUGGAUCUCUUCGUAGAUACUGCAGCACCUGUUGAGAU